UACCUUGAUGAGUUCAGCAAAGCGUUGGCCGGCGAGAUUCGUACUCUAUUGGGUGAGGUCGGACAUCUCCACGAACAGAAGCGAACCAUACAAUUUGAAAUCGGAUCACUUCUGCAUAUGCAUAGUCAAUAUGGACCAGGUGGCCAGUUCGAACCCGAGUGGCGACCUACUAUGGGUCCCCUUGCUCCUCCGCACAUUCCAGGUGGGGACAUGCUUCCUGGCGGUCCAGGCGGUCCUGGUGGUCCUCCGCCUCCAGGACCCGAAGAACCUCCGCCACCGGCGAGACCAGCAUGGCGCACAGUGCAGCAGCGUGCCCCGCGUCGAAGCAGGAGAGCGAGGACUGAACAGCAGGCGCCGACUGCGCAAACACUCGCUCCGCCAGAGCCGAUCCCUCAUCCGCCAAGCUGGACAGCGUGGCAACGU